UUUCCUGUGAACAAGUGAUCAGCGAUUAGCUGAAGCCGCUAUCUGAUGUACCUUUAGCCCGAGCUGUUACUGUCCCAGAGGAGGGGAAUAUUUCCCUGUCCACGGGGUCACGCCAGCUGCAGACACACAGCACACCAGGAGAUAUGGUGCUGCGGUGAAGGUGCCUGGAAAGGACCGAGUUCCAAACCAAGAGGAGAAGGAUUUCUUUCAAAGGGAAGAGUCAAACCACUGCAAGGAGUGAGACCUUCCACCACCAUGAUGAAGGAAACCACCGAAAAUGUCUCUCUGGACGAUGCCGGCUGGAGCCAGGUGACAUGCGAGGGCUUGCCAACCAAGACCCAGGACACUAUUUUUAUCUCUGAAGACGAUAACAGUCUGUAUUUCACAUACAGUGGAAAAUCAAAUGUUCUUGAGGUCAAAGAACUCAACUACCAGGUUAACGCAGCAUCCCAGAUUCCCUGGUAUGAAAACCUUGCACAGAUGAAAAUGCCCUGGACCUGGAAAUCAGAUCCCCGUUCUCGUGUGUCAAUAAUCCAGAAUCUGAAUUUAAAAGUUCGAAGUGGUCAGAUGCUGGCUAUUAUAGGAAGCACUGCUGGUGGAAAGACAUCCUUGCUUGACGUGAUAACCUGCCGGGAUCAUGGAGGCAAAAUCAAGUCUGGUCAAAUCCUGAUCAACAACAAACCCAGCACUCCCCAGCUUGUUAGGAAAUGCAUAGCACAUGUGCGGCAGGAUGACCGACUGCUCCCCCACCUGACUGUCAGAGAAACACUAUUGUUCGUUGCCAAACUGCGCCUUCCGAAGUUUUUUUCAGACUCACAAAGGAAAAAAAGGGUAGAAGAUGUUAUAGCAGAGCUGCGUUUGCGCCAGUGUGCAAACACCAGGGUAGGGAACGAGUUCCUCCGUGGUGUUUCGGGAGGCGAGAGGCGGAGAGUGAGCAUCGGCGUGCAGCUGCUCUGGAACCCGGGAAUACUCAUACUUGAUGAACCCACAUCUGGACUGGACAGUUUUACUGCACAUAACCUCGUGAUAACAUUAUCCAGACUGGCCAGGGGAAACAGAUUGGUUCUUCUUUCACUUCAUCAGCCUCGGUCAGAUAUCUUCCAACUGUUUGACUUAGUUCUUCUGAUGACUUCUGGACUCACUGCCUAUUGUGGAACAGCUAGAGACAUGGUCCAGUAUUUCACAGAACUAGGCUAUCCCUGCCCAAGAUACAGCAAUCCUGCGGAUUUCUAUGUUGAUUUGACCAGUAUCGAUAAACAAACUGCAGAAAAGGAGAUGGAAAGCCGAAAAAGAGCAAAUACCCUUGCCAACUUGUUCCUAGAAAAAGUCAAACAUUUUGAUGAUUUCUUAUGGAAAGUUACUGAAAAAGACAACGUUGCAACCACAGUUGGCCAGCAGAGGUCCCAUUUAAAUUCAGAGGAGGCUAUCAACAUGCCUCACCAUUCCAGUGAUCAGUUACCAGGAGCCUUAAAGCAGUUCACUGUAUUAUUAAGUCGUCAAGUCUCCAAUGACUUCAGAGAUCUUUCAACGUUAUUAAUCCAUGGAUUUGAGGCCCUUCUUAUGUCAUUAUUAAUUGGAUUUUUGUACUAUGGCCACGACAAAGAUGGACUCUCUAUUCGUGACACAACAGCACUGCUGUACAUGAUAGGUGCCCUAAUCCCCUUCACAAUAAUUUUGGAUGUUAUAGCCAAAUGCCAUUCAGAAAGAGCAAUGCUUUAUCAUGACUUGGAAGGUGGAAUGUACUCUGUCAGCCCAUACUUCUUUGCUAAGAUUUUGGGGGAGCUCCCAGAACACUGUGUUUUUGUUAUAAUUUAUGGGGUUCCCAUCUACUGGCUGGCAAACCUCAUUCCUGAACCAGUGCAUUUCUUGCUGAACUUCCUCUCGGUGUGGCUGGCUGUGUACAGUGCCCGUGCCAUGGCACUCUGGGUGGCGGCGCUGCUGCCGACCUUGCAGCUCUCAGCCUUCCUUGGGAACGUCCUUUUCACAUCCUUCUACCUGAGUGGUGGUUUUGUGAUAAGCCUGGAAAAUCUCUGGACAGUUCCUUUUUGGGUUUCUAAAAUCUCUUUCCUCAGAUGGAAUUUUCAAGGAAUGAUGCAAAUUCAGUUCACUGACCACAUAUAUGAAAUGACUGUUGGAAACACUACUUUUAAAAUACCAGGGAAAUUUAUCAUUCACUCUCUGGGCAUGGACUCCCAUCCUCUCUACGUGAGCUACCUCGUCCUCACUGGUAUCAUUUGCAGCUUCCUGCUUUUAUACUAUUUAUCUCUGCGCUUCAUCAAGCAGAAGUCAACCCAAGACUGGUAACAGCAGAGGCGGCAGCAGGUGACCGCGUCCCUUGCAGGAAGGCAGGGGAAGAACGAGCCCAAUUUUGGUUCCCCCCCCUCCCCGCCCCGGGAAGAGGCGGGCGGCGGCAGCGCGGCUGCCACAGGAUGGCAGCAGAACCCCAGGAGUCGGGACUGCGGCUUCAGCCUGGGCUGGGGGUUUGGGGUGGGCUUUGGGCUUUUUUGUUCGCUUGAUACACGGUUUUCACAGGUGACGAGGCACUUGUGAGUUCUCCACACCCGGGUAUGUUCUGAGCUACAGGCCACCGAUUUUUAAGGACCCGUUGCACAUGGUAAUAGCUGAUGUUUUAGUACAUAAUGUUUGAACAUAUAGUGAUCACGUACUUAAUUCAGAGAACUGCGAGAGAAGAGGAUCAGAACACUACUUUCUGUGGCAUGUAUGACAUUCAGCACUCACGAACACAGCGCAGAGGAAAGCAACACAGAAGAUUUCACAGCUGCUUCAGGAGAACAUGCGCAAGGAUUGAAAAUACAACUGUUAACUACUCUGUGUUGUUUCUAAUUGCUUAUGUAUUUUAAAACUUUGCCUUUGUGUUCCGCUUAGAUGCUGAUGAUGCCCAAAAUGGGUAUUUGCUCACUGCAGAGAUGAUAACAAUAAAAUUAUCUCACCUU